CAGCGCUUCAUUCUCUACAUGUUCAAUAGGGCUAGCAGACUUCUAGAGUUGAAAGAAGAAGAGAAAACUAUAUACAUAUCAUAAGUAUGAGUAACAAAGAAACAAGAAAAAUAGAGAAAGAGGGACGGGGGGAGACAAAACGGUUUCUUAAGCCUAUUAAAAUGUCGAUAUCAUUAGAAAUUAACUUUGUUUAAAAAAUUUCUCUCCCUCUCUCUCUCUCACAGUUUAUUCCCUCUCUCCUUUCUCUUUGCCCUAACAGUCUGUUAUAAUUAUAAUCAAGAUCUUUAUAUCUAUCGUUGCCAUUGUUUAUAUAUGUAUUUAACAAAGUAACUUUUUAAUAUACACUGCGUAUGGAAAUAUAUGUCUGAUACGAAAAACAACCCAUCCAUCUCUAAUCGGCUUAGUGUAUAUAUAAUACAUAUUAGAGAUUUUGUUACGGUUUUCGUUACAAAGUAGCUUUCCCUUUUUUUAUAAUCGGAAUAUAUAAAGUGAAUUAUAAUAUACAGCAAGUCCUACAAUCAACUAUUCAAAGUCAUUUUCCUCCGUUCUCUUUCUCUCUCUCUCUCUCUCUCUAGAUUACUAUGAUUUUACUACUACUUGUUAUUUAAAAAACACAAAUUAGUGCUUCUUUUCAUCCUCCUCAUCCCCCCUCCCCUCCCUCUUCUUCUGACCCAAAACUUUGAUAAAGCUUUCCAAGUUCGUUCGUUUAUCCUAAUUUCGUCGGCUAAAGAUGACAAGUAUCAAAUAACAGUAAAGCAGAAAAUGUAUAUGAUAAGGAUUGAGAGAAAUCUAAAGAACAGCAUCUAUGAACAUCGUAGACUAGUUAAAGAAAGAUUUGAAUGAUAGGAAUAUGUUUUUAAGUUUGGACUUCUCGUCGAAUCUCAAUAAAAAGCAGCUGCCUGUAAUAAAUCACUUAUAAAAAGAAAAUAGUAGCAAAUUUUAAAGAUAUCAUUAUAUGAUUUAUACUAAUCUUUAUAAAGUAAACUAUCUACUUAAUAUUCAUCAGGAUAGAUUCAGAGUAACAAUUAUCAUCAGAUGUUACAUUUUCUUUAGUUUUUAAAACAAGUUGAAAUGUACCCUUUGAAAAUUGCAUAUUUAUAUAGGAUCUGUCUGGUUUGUUUGUUUGUACUCAUCAUUAUUAAUCUACUUCAUGUGGAUAAUCAAUGGGAAGAUAAGAAAAGCUCUAAAAUACAACGUUUAUUAAUAAAUAGAAUAAAACCUAGAAAGAAUAUUGUAUUCUUGAAAACUCAUAAAUGCGGAACGGAAACUCUGGUGAACGCAGUAUUUAAAAGAUACGGUUUGAAUCAUAAUCUUACUGGUGUUGUUGGUCUGAGAAAGCAUACGUUUAGCAUUAGUUGGCCUCGCAGAUUUAAUAGAUCUUUCAUGAGAAGAACUAAGCAACAACCUAAUUUACUUUGCGAUCAUACGGUAUUUGAUCAAGAGGCAAUUGAAGAUGUUAUGCCUGCGAAUACAUUCUAUGCAACAAUAUUAAGGGAACCAUUUUCGCAGUUUAAAUCUUGGUUUAAUUAUAUGAGUGCUGCAAAGUUAUUUGAUAAAAAAGUUGAUUAUCCUAUCUCUGUCUUCCUAACAAAUCCAACCUAUUAUGAACAUUUAUUCAACACGCAUGAGAGAAGAAAGGCAUACUGUUUCCCUCCAAAUUUCAGUAUUACAAAGAAUCCAAUGUCAUUUGAUUUAGGAUUAUCUAUGGGCUACGAUAAUACAGCAAACUAUUCAAACAAUUUACAAAAGAUACAAGAAUUUAUAAUAAACUUAAAAAAUAGAUUCAAUCUUGUAAUGAUAUUUGAAUAUUACGAUUUGUCCAUCGUUCUUCUAAGAAGGUUACUUAAUUGGAAUUUUCGAGAUAUACUCUACAUUAGGCAGAAUAAAAGUCGUCGUGCAAAUCUUACCAAGAAUCCGAUGGAUAGAGAAUUAUAUAAAACAUGGAGUCUAGCUGAUCAUUUACUAUAUUCAGAGUUUAAUAAAACUUUUUGGGAGAAAGUAGGCAUGCAAGUUGGAAUUUGGAGUGAAUUGAAACAAUUUCAAAAUGUUCUUAAACUACUUCGUUCAUAUUGUAAUUCAAUACGUAAACAUAAAUUUGUUUCAAUUAGGAUUGAAAGAACAAUAUGGAAUCCAAGAAUUAUUGUUAACAAACAUUUUUGCAAUGAAGUUGGAUUGUCCAAAGUUAAAGAAUUUUUAAAGAUGCAGGAAAAAAAUGAUAACUUUUUUCCUGGUGAAGAUAAGAGAACUCUCAAAUUGUGGUACUGCUAGUUCAUACUUCAUCUAACUAUAUAUAACCUUACUUGUACAUGAAAAGACGAAGUCUAAAUAUAGUUCUAUAUAUACAGUAUAUACAGUAUAUACUAUAUACUAUAGCUAUAUCUGUCAAGUAUUAACAGAGUUUUAGAGUUUAUCGUAUGGUAGUAAUCUUACCUCUUCAAUAACGAAAUUGUCUUAGGA